AUGGAUUUAGAGCCCUCGGAUCAAAAGCAGACGGCAGAAUCGGCACCUUUUAUUCCUGACCUUUGGAUCCAUUUUGUAAGCUCUCAAAGUUUUGAGAAACUUCUGAAACCAGUUUUCUGGAGUAUUUUGCUCGAAAGAGCUCUAAACCCUGUGACUCUCAUCCUUAGUAUCUGUUCAUUGUCUGGCGAGCCCAACCCCCACUUCACUUCGUCCCUCAAGUCGGCUCUAGUUUUGCGGCCAUCUCAGUCUUCAGCUCCCAAAGAUUUGUUGAUACCGGUGUCAGCUCACCCGUCGUCUAACUUUCUACAGCUACGAUGCCAUCAUGAUGAGAGCUUGGCCUUGCUUCAAUUCAAGCAAAGCUUUAUCAGUACUUGUGAUUUUGGCCUUUCAAAAUUGGAAUCAUGGAAACUCAUCCAUGGAGAAAGAGGUGACUGCUGCUCAUGGGAUGGUGUGGAAUGUGACUACCAAACUAAUCACGUCGUCAGCCUUGACCUUAGUGGCUGUUGUCUCUUUGGUUCUAUCAACUCCAACAGCACCCUCUUCCGCCUUGUUCACCUUCAAAACCUUAAUCUUGCCUACAACGACUUCAACUACUCACAAAUACCAUCUCAAAUAGGCCUGCUCUCAAGCUUAACUCGUCUCAACCUCUCUGGAUCUGAUUUUUCUGGCCAAAUUCCACCACAAGUCCUCAAUCUAUCCAGUUUGAUUUCCCUUGAUCUAUCCUAUAACUAUCAAGUGAAGCUCCAUAAGCCUAGUCUCAGAGAUCUAGUUCAAAAAUUCACCAAUUUGAAGGUACUUCAUCUCUCAGAAGUGAACAUUUCUUCAACAAUACCUGAUAUCUUGGCAAAUUUUUCAUCUUUGGAAUCUCUCCGUCUCAGUUAUUGCGGACUGCGAGGUGAAUUCCCGAUUGACAUUUUUCAGCUUCCAAACCUAAAGAUACUUGAUAUAAGCGACAACCCAGAUCUCAAAGGUCAUUUGCCCUCUUUCGAACUGGGUAGUCUCCUAAAAUCAUUGAUCCUUUUUGGAACUAAUUUUGUUGGAGAGUUACCUUCCUCUAUUGGAAACCUUGCCUACUUGGAAUAUCUGGAUUUCUACUCUUGCAAUUUCACCGGACUGCUUCCUUCUUCACUCGGUAACCUUACCAAGCUUACCCGUCUCAAACUUACCGUCUCAACUACUUCUUCCUUGUCUUGGAUUGGUAAACUGUCAAACCUCAAAACCCUUUCUCUCGUUCAUGUCGGAUUGAAUGGUGAUUUUCCAUCUUCGCUCAAGAACCUGACUCAACUUUCAUUUCUGGAUUUGAGCUAUAAUCAACUUGUUGGACCAAUCCCUUCUUGGCUCAUGAACCUAACCAAGCUUGUUGUUUUAUUUUUAGACCAUAAUCAUUUUAGUGGUCAAAUCCCAUCGUCCUUAAUUUACGGAGCACGCAUUCAAGUCUUAUCUUUGAGCUCUAAUCAAUUUUCAGGUCAAAUCCCAUCACAAACUAACAAUUGUUCCGAACUGAUCGAGUUAGAACUUUCAUCAAACAAAUUGCGAGGCUCCAUUCCAAGCACUCUAUCUAGCCUCAAGAAUCUUCAAAUUCUCAACUUCCAAUCAAACAAUUUAUCUGGUGUUGUGGAUGCGAAUAUCUUCUUUCAGCUCAAAAACUUAGACAGAUUGAUGUUAUCAUACAACAACUUAUGGUUGCUCACCGAAAGCAGCACAAAUGCCACCAUUCCUAAUUUUAUUUAUUUAGGAUUGGCUUCUUGCAACCUUAGUGAGUUCCCCCAUUUCUUGCACAAUCAAUAUGAGUUGAAGUUUCUAGACCUUUCCUCAAAUAACAUACAAGGCCCAAUACCUUCAUGGCUGUGGAGCAUAAGUAUAAAUUCAUUGCAGUAUAUGAACCUUUCUCAUAACUUCUUAACUGGUUUUGAGGAUGGUCCGGUCCUUCUCCAAUGGGCUCAUCUAACCAUUUUAGACAUUGGGUCUAAUAUGUUACAAGGAUCACUGCUCUCAGUUCCAUUGUUCUCCACCAAUUACAUUGAUGGAAGUAUUUCUCCAGCAUGGAGAAAUGAAUGCAAUUUGAGAUUUAUCAAUUUGAGCCAAAAUAGGUUGCAAGGGCAAAUACCAAGAUUACUGGCCAAUUGUUCAAUGUUAGAGUUUAUCGACUUCGGUAACAAUCAAUUAAAUGAUAGUUUCCCCUCUUGGUUAGGAAAUCUUCCAGAGUUGAGAGUCCUCAUUUUGAGAUCCAAUGGCUUUUAUGGUGCAUUGAGGAAAGUUGGAGCUCGUAAGUUUCGUAAGCUACAAAUCAUUAACCUAUCUCAGAAUACAUUCACUGGGGAUCUGCCAACUAAAUACUUUGAGAUAUGGGAUGCCAUGAAGGUUAUAAACUCUAGCCACAUGACAUAUAUGGGUGAAAUUGACGUAGAUUCUGGCUAUCUUCCAGAAUUUGCCUAUGACAAUCAUGAUUACUCAAUGACCAUGAAUAACAAAGGCUCAGCAUUAGAAUAUCUAAAAAUUCCAAGCACUUUAGUCGCCAUUGAUUUCUCUUAUAAUAGAUUUGAAGGGCCGAUUCCAAAUGUCAUUGGAAAUCUUACUGCACUUCAUUUGCUUAACCUUUCCAACAACAUGCUCACUGGUCAUGUACCAUCAUCUUUGGUAAAUAUGAAAGCAUUGGAAUGCUUGGACCUUUCUGGCAACCAGCUUUCAGGACAGAUACCUUUGCAAUUAUCUGAACUCACUGCCCUCUCAUCUUUCAAUGUGUCUUGGAACCAUCUUUCAGGUCCUAUACCACAAGGACAACAAUUUGACACAUUUGAUAGCAAGUCAUAUAAGGGAAACUCAGGAUUGUGUGGACCUUUUUUGGAGAAGAAAUGUGAAAGUUAUGAAACUUUUCCAUCAACUCCCUCCACUAUUAAAGAAGAUGAAGACUCGGGAUUUGGAUCUUUCUUUAAAAUUAAUUGGAUGAUAAUAUUGAUAGGUUAUGCAGGUGGCUUGAUAGUUGGAGUGGUUGCUGGGAAUGAGUUCACCAAAAUAAAACAUGAUUGGUUUGUGAAAACUUUUGGAAGGAAACAACUGAGGAGGCAAAGGAAGAAAAACAUAAGAAAUAUAAAUUAA